GUUCCGCGCACACGGCCACCGUGGCUGUGUGGUGCGUACGUCUCACGGCGAAUAAUAAUGCGCGCCUGCUUCGUCGACCACAUCCCCUCCGGCCUGCUGCGUUGAAUUGUGUUUUGCUCCAUCACUCAACCGCCGCGAGCAUCAUCUUCGACCUUCUUCAGUCCCCCACACAUCUUUAACGUGCUCCACCCCCCUCAUCUCCAUUCUAAAAACGACGACGACGAGUGUGUGUUCGGGCACACGGCAUGGUCGUAGUUCUUCCUGCUGCUGCUGUUGCUGCUGUCCCCGGGUUUUUCGGUGGUUGUUUAAUAAAUAAUGCAAUCUUUUUCUACCGCGGCUGUUGCUGCCUUCUGCGGUUGCUGGCGGACAUUACUCGUCGAUAGUUCCGCGGUGACGGAUCGUAGUAAACCGCGUGUUUUCGGGGCGCAGUUUCUUGAGGGAGCAGCCGCCUUGUUGUUGUUUUGGUGGUGGUGGUGGUCAGCUGCGUGUAUCGUGUACAUUGUGUCCGGUAGCGCUAUCUCGUGACAGUGUUAAAGAGCGGGUGGCGGGGGUUGUGGUAGAAGUGCGUUAUCAGGUGGAGAGGGUGGGUGCGCUCCAAACUCCAUAAUCCAUCAACGCGUCGGAGUCGGUCGGUCGGUCGGGUGCGGGAUGUGUGGUGUAAAUAACAGUUGUUUAAGAUAGUGUCCCUUCCUCCCUGGGCGCGUCACGGUGCUCUCGGUGCAAGAACGACGAUGUCGACGUUUUUCACCACCAACCGGCACGGCUACAGUGUGCGGUUUUCCCCGUUCAACCCGGACCAGUUCGUGGUCGCGUCGAGCCAGUUCUACGGGCUGGCCGGCGGUGGCACGCUGUACUUUCUCGAGCUCACGCCGGACGGUUGCGGUAUCGUGGAGAAGCGGACCCACCACUGGACGGACGGGCUGUUCGAUGUGACCUGGUCCGAAUCGAACCCGGAAAUCAUCGUGUCCGGGUCUGGCGACGGUAGCGUGCAGCUGUGGAACACCAACCUGGCCAGCAACAACGGUCCGCCGUCGAUGGUGUACCGGGAGCACAAGAAGGAAAUCUACAGCGUCGACUGGAGCAAGGUGCCGUACGAGCAGCUGUUCAUUAGCGCCAGCUGGGACAGCACGGUCAAGAUCUGGGACCCGAUCCGGAACAACUCGCUCAGCACGUACAUCGGCCACACGCAGCUGGUGUACAGUGCGGUGUUUGCGGCCCACAUCCCGAACACGUUCGCGAGCGUUAGCGGCGACGGCUUCCUGAAGAUCUGGGACAUCCUCUGUUACGAUCUGCCGAUCGCAAGCAUCAAAGCGCACGAUGGCGAGGUCUUGACAGUGGACUGGUGCAAGCACGACUCGAACAUCCUGGCAACUGGCGCGUCCGACGGUUUGAUACGCAUUUGGGACCUGAGAAACUUUGGCGUUCCGAUCACGGAACUGAAGGGCAACGAGUUUGCCGUAAGAAAAGUACAAUUUUCCCCGCACAACUUCUCCGUGCUGGCGAGCGUCGGGUACGAUUUUACCACCAGAAUAUGGGACUUUAAGAAGAGCAAUGAAGCGAUCGAAACAAUUAAGCACCAUUCGGAGUUUACGUACGGGCUGGACUGGAACAGGCGGCGCCGGAACCAGCUGGCCGACUGUGGCUGGGACUCGCUGGUGCACGUCUUCAAGCCGGAUUGCCUUUCGGACAAGAUAUAAGGCCCUCGCUUUCUUUGCUUUCUUCCAACGGUUCCUUCUUGUUUUAGCUCGAUCAGGCUCUGUCUGCUUCAGCUGAAUAUGGGGCGUUUAGCUAGUAAGGGUAUAGGACUUCCCCUUGUGUGAUGAUGUAUGUGUAUUCACCUUCCAGAAGCACCACUAUCACACACACACACAUCCCUUCUACACAAAAUCCUAAGGUCCUAAGGUAGUAAAGGAGUGCCAAAUUGCUUUUCGGCCAGGUGGAAGAUGCCAAAAUUGUGAUUUAGAUGAUAAGUAGACCAAAAAAACAAAACAAAAA